AUGACCCUCGUCGCCCGUGUCUACAUCGUUCGCCACGGCGAGACGGACGACAACCGGGCGGGCAUCAUCCAGGGCCACCUCGACACGCCGCUGAACGCGGCGGGCGUCCGCCAGGCGUGCCUCGCCGCGGACGCGCUCGCGGACGUCCCCUUCGACGCCGCGUACACGAGCGACCUCUCUCGCGCGCGCAAGACGGCAGAGAUCAUUAUGGAGGCACACCCUGGCGUGCUGCUGGAGACAUCGGAGGCACUCCGCGAGCGGUUCAUGGGCGACUGGCAAGGCCGGGAUAUGCACGCACGGGGCGACCCGCCCGCGAACCUCGAGCCCGUCGCGCACCUCUCCACACGCGCCGUGCAGUGGUGGAACACCACCGUCGCGCGCCUCGCACAGCGUAAGGCCGCCGAGCUCGCGUCUGCGGGGGACGCGUCUACGUUCGCGCCGGCACACGUGCUGGUCGUUGCGCACGGCGGACUCAUCGGGACGCUGGUGACGACGCUGACGGGGAGCAGGAAGGUGCGCGCGGCGCAGGGCGUGGUGGUGGGCCGGUGCUUCAACGCGUCGAUCUCGGUCGUGGAUGUCGAGGAGGAUGGAAGGGGCGUGUUGGUGAGCUAUGCGGAUACGACGCAUUUGGAUGUGGAUUUGGUGCAGGAGAAUGCGGAUUUGUUGCCGUGA